AUGGCGAGCGCAAACAUAACCUCCUACGAUCUCCCUCCACUACCAGAGUACACCCUUAAGCCGCUGACCCCUCUCUCCUCGUGGGCCUCGGAUGCAUUUAUACAAGCCGCUCUGCCUGUUGCUGGAUACUGGGUCGUGUCGCUCGUAUACCACGCCAUCGACGUAUACGACCUUUUUCCACAAUAUCGCCUGCACACGCCCGCAGAAGUUCUGAAGCGCAAUCACGUCUCCCGCUACGAAGUGCUGCGUGAUGUUGUGUUACAGCAGAUCAUUCAGAUCAUCGCCUCUUUCAGCUUGUCCUUGUUUGAUGAGGCUCCAACAACCGGCAAGGCUGAUUACGAUGUGGCUUGGUACGCACAGAAGAUCCGCCUUGCCCAGCGCGCGGUACCGUACAUGCUGUCUGUGGUCGGCAUAAACCCCCUCGCGUUGGCCACGAAGCUCUCUGGCUCAUACCCCACACUCUCGUCAGUACUCAUAGGCGGGAAGUACCCUGGGCUGCUGCAGUCAGUUACCUCGGUCGCAGGAGAGCAGAACUGGGUCCCCGCCUUCGCGUCAUGGGAGCUGGCCUUUGCGAGCUUCUUAUACUGGUACGCGAUUCCUGCGAUACAAUUCAGCGCAGCAAUUGUCAUCAUAGACGCAUGGGAGUACAUGCUGCACCGCGCCAUGCAUCUGAACAAGUGGUUAUACGUCACUUUCCACUCUCGCCACCACCGCCUCUACGUUCCAUAUGCCUAUGGUGCAUUGUACAACCACCCGCUAGAGGGCUUUGUUUUGGAUACAUUGGGCGCCGGCCUCGCUUACCUUCUUACGGGAAUGACCCUGCGACAGUCGAUGUGGUUUUUCACUGGCUCGACGAUUAAGACGGUCAUGGACCAUGGCGGCUACGAAUUUCCUUAUGAUCCCGUUAGCUGGAUCUUCCCAAAUACCGCAGCUUACCACGACAUCCACCAUCAGAGCUGGGGUAUCAAGACCAACUUCUCACAGCCAUUCUUUGUGUACUUGGACCGCAUCGGUGGAACCAUGUACAAGGGGGAAGUAGCUGAGAAGUACGAACGAGCUCGUCGUGCCGCUCAACAGAAGCUGGAUCAGGAGAAGGAGAAUGAACAGCUGACGGUACCUGCUAGCUCCGUCGCAUCCUCUGCACUACCACCAUCAGAGGAGAAUCUGUUACCACAAGGUGUAUCCACACCUCGCAUAUCUCGGAAGAAGGCUGGCAGUAUCUCAUCUUCUGCGGGCAACUUCAAGGACCUGACGAACAAGGUCAAUCAGAACCUUCACGGAAGAAGAGCAAACUUUUUAGGCGUUGAGAGUUCACAUUGA